CCCGCCUGCUUCCCCACCCGGAAGAGACACCUGAGCCUCGAAGUUGAGCAGUGCGCGGCCUGGCGCUCGUCGUGAGCGCGGGUAGGGCCGAACCGCACCCGUAGCGCCUAAUUCAGCACUUAUGCAAGGCGGGCCCGCUGGAGCCUGCGCGCUCCCGCGGCUGGCGGAACCUCCAGCGGUCCCGCGUGCGCACGUUGCCCCGCCUCCACCGGCCCGGGGCCCGCCCGGGUUGUCUGCUCCCCUCCGCAUUGAGAGCAGGGCAGAACUGCCAGGCUUGAGUUCUCUGCGCCCCUCCGCCUCGAGAGCAGGGCAUCGCGGUGACUUCUGACACUGUAUGUGACGUUACCUACAUCCAAGAUGAAUAGUGAUCAAAUUGCACUGGUUGGUCAAGUGUUUGAAUCAUAUGUUUCGGAAUACCAUAACAACGAUAUUCUUUUAAUCCUGAAGGAAAAAGAUGAAGAUGCUCAUUACCCAGUUGUGGUUAAUGCCAUGACCCUUUUUGAGACCAACAUGGAAAUUGGGGAAUAUUUCAAUGCAUUCCCCAAUGAAGUACUAAUUGUUUUUGAUAGCUCACUGCGAAGAUCAGCCUUGACAAUUCUCGAGUCCCUUUCUCAGCCUGAGGGUGUCUCCAUGAAGCAGAAUCUUCAUGCCAGGAUAUCAGGUUUGCCUGUUUGUCCUGAGCUGGUGAGGGAGCACAUCCCUAAAACCAAGGAUGUUGGUCACUUUUUAUCUGUCACUGGGACAGUGAUUCGAACAAGUCUGGUGAAGAUCCUGGAGUUUGAACGGGAAUACAUGUGUAACAAAUGCAAGCAUAUGUUUACGGUCAAGGCUGACUUUGAGCAGUAUUAUACCUUCUGCCGGCCAUCCUCAUGUCCCAGCUUGGAGAGCUGCAAUUCUUCCAAAUUCACUUGCCUCUCAGACUUGUCUUCAUCUCCAACCAGGUGUAGAGAUUAUCAAGAAAUCAAAAUUCAGGAACAGGUUCAACGACUGUCUAUUGGAAGUAUUCCACGAUCUAUGAAGGUUAUCCUAGAAGAUGACUUAGUAGACACUUGCAAAUCUGGUGAUGACCUCACUGUUUAUGGGGUCGUAAUGCAACGGUGGAAGCCCUUUCAGCAAGAUGUCCGCUGUGAAGUGGAGAUAGUCCUGAAAGCCAACUAUGUGCAAGUAAAUAAUGAGCAGUCUUCAGGGAUCAUCCUGGAUGAGGAAGUCCGAAAGGAAUUUGAAGAUUUUUGGGAACACUACAAGAGUGAUCCCUUUGCAGGAAGGAAUGAAAUACUGGCCAGCUUAUGCCCUCAGGUUUUCGGGAUGUACCUAGUAAAGCUGGCUGUGGCCAUGGUGCUGGCUGGUGGGAUUCAAAGGACUGAUGCCACAGGAACACGAGUCAGAGGUGAAUCUCAUCUUUUAUUGGUUGGGGACCCUGGCACAGGGAAAUCUCAGUUCCUCAAAUACGCAGCAAAGAUUACACCAAGAUCGGUGCUCACCACAGGAAUCGGAUCUACUAGUGCAGGUCUGACAGUAACUGCUGUAAAGGACUCAGGAGAAUGGAAUUUGGAGGCUGGGGCGUUAGUGCUUGCAGAUGCAGGCCUGUGCUGUAUCGAUGAAUUUAAUAGCCUCAAAGAGCAUGAUAGAACCAGUAUCCAUGAAGCCAUGGAGCAGCAAACCAUAAGUGUUGCUAAGGCUGGCCUGGUGUGCAAGCUGAACACAAGGACCACCAUCCUGGCAGCAACUAACCCCAAAGGCCAGUACGACCCCCACGAGUCUGUGUCUGUGAACAUUGCCCUCAGCAGCCCACUCUUAAGUCGAUUUGACCUGAUCCUGGUUUUGCUUGAUACCAAGAAUGAAGACUGGGAUCGUAUCAUUUCUUCCUUUAUCUUAGAAAACAAAGGUUACCCAAGCAAAUCAGAGAAGCUCUGGAGCAUGGAGAAGAUGAAAACCUACUUCUGCCUCAUUAGGAGUCUUCAGCCCACGCUGUCCGAAGCGGGUAACCAGGUGCUCCUCCGGUACUACCAGAUGCAGAGGCAGAGUGAUUCCCGGAACGCUGCCCGGACAACCAUCCGCCUGUUGGAGAGCCUGAUACGAUUAGCAGAAGCUCACGCUCGCCUGAUGUUUCGUGACACUGUGACUCUGGAAGAUGCUAUUACAGUUGUGUCAGUAAUGGAGUCCUCAAUGCAGGGAGGCGCGCUGCUGGGAGGUGUGAAUGCACUCCACACCUCCUUUCCUGAAAACCCUAUGGAGCAGUACCAGAGGCAGUGUGAACUUAUUCUAGAAAGACUUGAGCUGCACAACCUCCUGAGUGAAGAGCUAAGAAGACUUGAAAGGUUACAGAAUGAGGGUGUGUACCAACCCCAGCCAAGGGCAGUGGAGGCAGAGUCUGCUCCAGGGUCCUCGAGAAAUGAUCCAGGGGAAGAAUCCAGACUCAGAAUGUCAACACAGCAAGAAGUGAAUUGUAGCGCACACACCUCUUAUACUGGAGGCAGUCCCAGGGGAAGUCUGCUUCUUGAUCCCCUACCUCAUCUGGGGCCUAAUAGGCCAACAAGCAGGAAGUAUUCAGCUCAGCACAAAGAGGGCAGAGACAAUGGUUUGGAUUGGUUUGACUCCAUGGAAACUCAUCAAAUUGAACCCAAAAACUCUGUUCCUGUGUCUCCUGGUCUCAGAACAACUGGCGGGGAAAUGGCUUUGAAAAACUCCAACAGAUCUCAGGGUAAGAAAAAGAGUGAGCCAGUCCAAAGGAGUGGAUUGGAAACUGGACAGCCUCCAGCACCAGGAGAGACAGAAGCUCCCUUGAGGCCAGAGAGUGUUGAGGGGAAAAAGGAAGAAAGGGCAGCAGUAGUUGCUGAAACAACAGGAACUGCUGGGGAACCAGACUCAGUACUGACUCACCACGUCCCCAGGAGACUGCACAGGCUGCGCAAGGAGAGGGCCCAGGAGCUGUGCAGAAACCCCACCAGGGCGCCUUCCCAGACCACAAGCCCUUCUCAUCUUCCAUCCACUCCUGUACAUAGCCCAGAAAGGAUGCUGGAAACCCCCAGAAGAAAGAGACAGAAACCCCUCCCUCAGGUGAAAGAGCCUGAACCUGAAAGUGUUGAAAGUCCAGGUCCCCCUGUGGCCAAACUAGCAAAAUUUACUUUCAAACACAAGUCAAAACUGAUCCACUCCCCUGAAGGCUACAGCUGCGUGUCUCCUCGUACAACUGACGUAGCAGUUCAAAGACUGAAAAUUCCCCAGCAUGGAACAAGAGGAGAAGCAGCUCUGCUGGUGAAGAAGGGUCCAGAAAAGUUGGCCUCCACCUCAGGAAGUGGAAGAAGCUCAGACCAGCUGCAGGGGAGGGCAACACAGGUGUCGCAGCAGCCACCAGAGAAAGAUGGAUCAAGAGAGGAGAGGGAACAUGCCUCUGGAGAGAGAGCUAGACAGCCUGAGUCUGAGCUUCAGAAUGAGACUGGGCAUCUGCAUCCUACUUGUGAAAGAGACAAAAAGGAAACGUUUUCAUGCAAUAAUAAAAGCAGCAAGGUUCAUGCUUACACAUUAGCUAAACUGGCCAACUUCUCCUUUACCUCCCCCUCCGAAUCUAAAUCAGAACCCCUGCCUCCUUCUGAAAGUGAGAACUGGCGAGGGAGAGACCCAAGCUCUCCUCCCAAAGCCACAGCUACAGUGCUUGGCAGGAAAAGGAAAACUUUUCAGUUAGAGGGGUCCGCUGAGAGAUUCAGUCUUUGCAAAAAAUCUCUCUUUACUCUACCAGAACUAGAAGAUGAAUCAUUAGAUUUUGAUUGGGAUGAAGAAAUGAGAAAAAAGCCAUAAUCAUGAAAAGCUUGCGGGUCAAAUUCCAUCCUCCCCAACUCAGCACAGCACCUUUAGGACAUCACCAUGGUCUCUGUGUAUGUACAGAACUGUGGGUUGUAUUGAGUGUCUUUCUGAGAACCAGCUCCCCCAUCAGGUUUUGUAAUAAUUCCAGGUUAUUAUUUUUGAGUUCAUGACUCAAAAAGUCGUUUAAUCAGUGUCGGUCAGUGUGAUAGUAGCAUUUGAAUUAAUUGUGCAUAAUUUUGCAGAUGGAGUACUUGCAUUCCUGGAGAUGUUUCUGUUUGUUUUGUUUUUAAGGAGUGUGUCUUCCUAGGAUUUCAUCCUCCAUCCUCUCAGGAACAAAUGUCAGGAAGGUAGCAUUCCUAGAGCUAACAAGUUAGAUGAAUUCUUCUAUUUUUUUUUUUUUUUUACCCCAUCAUGUGUCAAGUGUGGUGAGUACUUAUGAUUUGACAAAAUCAUAUGAUUUUUCUAGUAUUGUUUUUGUGCUUACUAUGUAUAAGAUUUAAGGUGACUAAGGCAUUUUUUUCUUUGAGAGGCAUCCUAACAAUUCCAUUGUAUUCCUGAAGAUCUGGCAAUUGGUCAAAUAUUCUGAAGUCUCGACAUUUAGAGUUCUUCUUUCUUUCUCCAGUCAACAUUUUGUGCUUCAGAUUCUUUUUCUCUUUUGGGGGCCUUCUUCAACACAAGUUCAGUCCUGUUGGAAGGAAAGAGAGUGUGCAGUGGUCUCAGUCAUGUAUCAUGGUUUGUACCCGAGUAGUUAAUAUGGAGAUGUGAUUCCUACUGUUAUCACUCAUGUGCCUUUAAAACCAGGCAAAUGACUGUGUGCGGUAGUAAAAGACAGCUCAAGCUCUGUCUUUCAAUCACCCUUCCUUUGGAUUCUAGCAGGGACUCUUGAAUCCAUAAUUACAGGAUUUAUUUUUCUGAAGUAUGAAAUUACAAAAAAAAUUAUUUUAUUGAGAGACUAUAGAUGUGAAGAGUACUCAAAUUUAUAUGUACUUUAUAUAAUGACCAUUUCAUUAAAUUUAUACAGAAAAAAUUAGACACCCUUUUUUGAGCAUUUAUUUAAACAUUAAUUGCAAAAUCAACUGAUUAAAUUUACUGAAAAGUUUAUUAGUACAAAUGUAGUAUGGAUGAGUCUUUGGAAAUCUAAACACCUUGAACGACUGGUGAAAGACAUCAUUAGCAGUUUUCAUAAAAUUUAUUAUUGUGUGUUCACUUAAACCUAUUCUGAAACCUCAAGACUAUGGUUUUGAUAAUGUCUUUGUUAUUUCUGUACUUAAUAACUUCCUAGUGUGGUAUGAUUCUUAAUGUGGUAUAGUCUAGUCUUUCAGCAUUAGUACUUUCCUGGGCUUCAGCAUUUUACUAAAACUAAAGGAAAAGGAAAGUAACUGGGUUAUUGACCAGUAAGUUCAUUCUUGGUCUGGACUCAGUCUAAUUGUGUAGACGAGGGAGUGAUUCAAACCCAAGCCACAAUGUCAAGCUGCCUUUCAAAUCCCUUUCUUAUAAAUUUUUGUCUUUGCAACUUGGUAUCUUAUGCAGUAAUGAUGUAUUAAGCUCUACAUGGCUGACAGCAUAUAACCUAUUAGCUUAUCAUUUACGGUAUUUUUAUCUUUGUUUAUUUGUUUGUUUGUCUUACCAUUUAAAAUGGUUGUAUCCUUUAUUGAGAAUCUUGAUUUUAGAGCUUUUAUUUCUUAGUAAUGAGGGAUUUGGUUUAUGCAGUUAACUUGUCUCUUCAGGACAUUGAGUAAUUUAUCUUUUAAAAUACAGUGCUGAAUUGUCUCUCUUAAGUUAUUGUGUGAGACCACCAUGUCCCCUUCUCCCUGGUUAUUAUUUGUACUCACCAUGCAUCCUAUUAUUUAUGCUAAGAAAGCCACCCUGUUUUUUAUUCUAGUAACUUCUGCCAGGAUCAUUUGGCCAAGUAACAAGUUCCAUGUGCCAACUAUAUAUGUAAAUAUUAUAGACAGACAUAAUUACUAGAAUUGAUAAAUAUUCAGUAUGAACCCUCCCCUACUAACUAAAAAAUUAAACUUGUAUCACAGCCUACUUUUGUGUUAUUACUACCUUGUUGUGCUUGUAUUUGGUGCUCAAAGUCUCACAACAGGAAGUCCCUUUAUGUAAUGCCAAUAUUCUUUUAUGGCUGACAUUUCUAAAAGCAUCCAUGCUAUCUGUUCUAGCCCCGGUUUGAUAUUUUUCCCUGCCUCGGGUCAUAGAAUCCACUACCCCUCGGCACCGUAUUUCCUUUAGAUGCUAAUGGUGCUAUAGGCCAGACUGUAGUUUCACAGCUAAGACUGUCUUUUCCAUGCUAUUUAAUGUGUGUGCCAAAGUAGCACAUAGGUGUCUCAGGAAAUAUCUACAGUCUCAGAAAUCACAUUUCUGACCAAUAAAGGAAAGUGUCAGAAAAUAUUUAAUUCUGAACCAACAUGUCAUGAUAUUUUUAUUUCAGAGCAGUGGAUGGACUCCUUAGAAACAUUUUAGUAAUGUAAAAUUAUUUAAACACAAUAAAAGCUAGUUUUCUUUGUGAGAAGACCAAACCCGAUAUUUCAUUUCAUUAUAAAUAUAUAAAAGAUUGAGUUUUCUUUUUUUUAAUUUCUUUUUUAUUUUUUAUUUUUUUAAACAUUUUAGUUAUUUUUAGAGAGAGGGGAAGGGAAGGAGAAAGAGAGGGAGAGAAAUCUCAACAUGUGAUUGCCUCUCUUAUAACCCCCACUGGGGACUUGGCCCUCAACCCAGGCAGGCAUGUGCGCUGACUGGGAAUCGAACCAGUUGACCCUUUGCUUCACAGACCAGUGCUCAAUCCACUGAGCCACACUAGCCUGGGCAAAAAUUGAAUUUUCUGACACUGUAAAAGAUACAUGCUUCAGUGUAUAUGUGGUAUUCUUAAAAUUUAUAACAGGGAUUUAUUAUUGUAAUUUUAGGGUUUCUUUAAAAUGUAGACAAAACAGGCGUAUUAUUCUGGUAUCUUUAACUUGGGCCAAAUUCAACCAAAGCUGAAAAUUUUUUUGAAGAUGUACCAGAACUUUAAUAAGAGAGAUCUAUUCUUGGUUGACAAAUUUUAAUUCCGGCAAAUCUACAUAUUCUUUAUGUGUAUAUUGUACUUCAUUUCUAUGCCUUUCCCAAGUGCUAAACCUGCCUACCUGGUAGAAUUACUAGAAAACCAGUUCUGGGGAAAAAUCUUCAGAGCUCACUUCUAGCCAGUGCACCUCACUGAGGAGUUCAGACAAACUUACCCUAAAAGUCUAGAUAGGUCAGCAGGGACUGCCCUGACACCAGGUUAGUCUUUCAUAUGCAGCUUAUCAGACAAGCUAGUUCCAAAUUUAACAAACUCGUGAUGUGGAACGGUAGGCCACUGCAUGUUCCCCAGUGUUCAGAACAACACCUCUCGUGUGUUCUUUCCAUAUUGUUAACAUUCAGAAGAGAUAAAAGAAGGUCCCGGCUCACCUUAAUACUCCUUCCAGCAGGGAUUUUGCUACCUGUGUCCCAUCUUGCGGGUGGCACAGUGCCCCAGGUGUACGGGGAGCUGUUCCCCACACCUGUCACAGUCACUCAGAGUUCAUGCAGGGAACGCGUCCCCUGCCACCACGAGGACAUGCACAGGAAGCUCUGGUAGCGGUCCCCCAUGGUGCCCUCUUUAGUUCUUUGAGCAGUUCCACUGUCUUCCCUCAUCAAGGUUUAAAAAUAUGCCCAAAGGUAAAAUAUUUGUAAAAGUGAACUCAAGUGUUAAAUUCGACUUAACUGAUGAUACGAGUAUGUGAAUGCUGCAGUGUGAGCCAAAAAGGAAAACCCGCCGGGCCUGAUCUCGCCAAGAAGUAGGCUGUAGCUUACUCCUCUUGUGAGCACCAAUGGCUUUUAUGCCCCUCUUUGUGUUUGGUUGGAACCUUAAGUGUUGGCCGAGUACAGCCACCAGAAAGCAAGCGUUUGAAUCAGAUGCAUUUUUUGAUGGGACAAACUUGGUCGAAUUUAGGAUUUUUGUAAUAAACCACGCCGUAUUUGAAAUAGCUUGCUCAAGAUUUCUGAUCUGUGUUUCAGUGCCUGCUGAUGCAUUAAGGAGACCAGGUGGCACAGCAAAAUUGGGAAUCGGGCAAACUGGGUUUUAGAACUGAGUGAUGACUUUCUGCAGGGUGCCCUCGUGGUCUGCACUGGUCUUGUCCAUAAAAGCAGAGGAUUAGGCAUUUCUGAGUGAGGCAUUCUUUUUUUUUUAGAUGUAAAGAUAUUUAAUGCAACAUUCUUCAUCAUUAAAGUUGACAUCUGAGAAAAACCAUGCUGAUGAAUCUAUACUCUGAGUGGUAACUUCGAAUGUUAAUUUUUUGAUAGGAUGUAAACAUACAAACACUUGUAAGAAAAAAGGAUUGUUUGUAGAAAGGAAAAGAACAACCCUGCGAUCAGUGUAGUGAAGGUAUUUUCAGAUAGCAGCACUUUUCUAACAUCAACCCAUCAGCAGAUAUUACACGCAUGUGUAUUUGCAGACAUGUGUGCAUGGGCUGAGUCUGAAAGGUGUGUAAAGCUUUCUUCAGUAGCCCAGUUGCCUUGUGGUGAGUUGAGUAUCACAGGUAAGUCGAGUAUAACUGAAAGCAGCAGAACAACGAGGUGAACAGCCGGUUCGGUGUCUGGGGUCCCAUAGUGAGCUCUGCAGGCACUCCUGCCCUCUCCUUGAGCCAGAGAUCCCUGACCCAGGUAUCCUUGAGUUACAUAAAAGGAAAACCUCACUGGCUAGCUGAAAUAAAAUUGGCUUUCCCCUAAGGGUUCAUCAGGGAGUCUCGUUAAGGGCAGGAAACAAAGUCUAACCAGGCUACAUGACCCUGGAACUGGAAAGUUCUCCCAGCUCCUCCUGGGUCCUCAAGGUUUCUCGGCACUGCUUGCUUGGUGAGUUACUCCCAUUCACUGCCCCUCUCCAGGGUCCUGCUUUAUGUGCUCAUGCAAAACCAGCUCCAGGUACCUCGUGACUUGGGGUCUGGCUUCAGCUGUGCCUUUCUCUGAUGCUUUCAGGUAAUGCACCCUCUUUCACCUUACAGUUAGUUUCAGGCUCUAUGUUCUUGGCUCACGAGAAAGAGGGGAAGGGGCAUGAGGAGGCCAGUGGCCACCUGGAACAAACAGCAGCCAGAGCCUCCAAGAAUGUGGGGUGGGAGAUAGCAAUUGGCCAGCCGAUCACACUUGUCUUCACAAGUGUUUUGAUUACAGGGUCUAUAAUUCUGCAAACUUUACUAUGCCUAUGAGUUGAGAGCCCAUGCCUCUAAAGGUACUUGGAUCAUCUUGCCCAAGGAAGCCGUGUAAAUUUCUGACCCGAUGGCGAACAGCUGUGCCUCUGGAUGGCCAGGUCGCUUUGGCAGAGUGGCAAGUGCAGCUGUGUUGCAGACCACAGAGGGAGCUGGCUGUUGUCUCACUGGUUCUCAGGCUUCCCUUUUCCUGUGGGUACACUGAUCAUCAACACUACAUGGUAGCAUUCAGAAACACUUAGAUAGGAGUCAAAAAUAGAUGGGCGUAUGUGAAGGAUAUCACUCUGAAAUAUACUUUGGAAUAAGUUCUGCAGUUUAGACACAUUUUAACAUUUUCCAGAUCUUCAACUCUGUCAACAUAGCAGGGACUAGAUCUACAAUGAGGAGAGGGAAAUACGUAAGUGUUAUAGACCUACUACUUUAAUCCUUUUUGGAAUUCUACUUUACCGUUGGCGGAAGAUAAACUGCUUUUUAAAAUCCCAAAGCUUCCUGGAGCAGGCCAGCACAGCAGAGAUGUUUGAUUUGCUGCUGCCCUUGAGGGGACUCAGGGUGAACCAGGAAUGACGCUGUUGCCUGGGGCAUAAAAAUGCCCAGAAAAACUCCUGUUUGUAGACCUUGCCCUUCAGAACCAGCAGAGGAGGAGAAAAUACAGCAUCUGUCCAACAAAAGCCAUCCUCGAUCGGAAAGAUACCUGCCAGGCACUGUUCAGUCAUUUUUCUUGCCAGUAUCAUUGUGUUGAAGGUUACAAAAACUAAGAAAUUUUAAUGCUAUUAUAAUUAGGUAUGUAGUUAUUGUAGUACUUUUCUCCAAAAGCCACUAAAAUGAACUCAGGCUCAGAGUUUCUUAGAAACUUUUCUAGUACCUGGUUUUCAAAACAGCUCAUGACCUGUGAUUUUCACAACCACCAGUAAUAUAAUUCAGGUGAUACCCCAUUUUACAAAUGAGAAAACUCAAGCAUGUGAUUUAAAACAUAUAUCUUUAACAUACCCUAUUUGAUAAAAAGCUAAAUUCUGGAUUUCUCGACUCCUUCCUCACUUUAUUGCUCCUUUAGAAGUGAACACUGAUAGCCCUCACCUGCCUGGCUCAGUUGGUUGGGUGUCACCUGCAAAUCAAAAGGUCAUCGGUCCCAUUUCCAGCCAGGGUGAUACAUGGAAAUCUGGACAGGUUGCUGGGCAGGGGAGAGACCCAGGGGGAGGCCCUGAGGUAGAGCAGGAGAGGCUCAGUCCCCCGGGUGAACGGGAAACAAGCUAGCCAAGACAGUGCUGCAGGGUCAUGUUGCCCCAGCAACCAAACUCCUAUAGUAUGUGACAGAUUUUCCUACCCCACUUCCCCCUCUGAACCUGGAGAGAAGGGGUCCCCGCCUAGAGUCUGUGCAAGGCUAGAGCAUGGUGGAGGAAGGGAAGAGCCUUCCUACCCCCUUCCAGUUUCUGAUUGAAGGAGAAGCCAGGGGUCACAGAGCUAUGUGUACUUGAAGGUUAACAUUGCAACAGGGGGAGGUGUUGACCUGCUGGUCAGGCCUGGAGAAGGAUAGGAUUGGCUGAGGAAGCUGGACCUUUCCAGAGUGCACAGAAGAUUGGACCAGGAGAUUUAAAGGGAAGGAGGACAGAGACUCAGCCCUUCUCUUCCUCUGGGAUCAGUGAACUGAUACACGGCCAAGGGCUCCUGGGCAGGAGGGACGGGGGUAGUCUGGGUGCCUCCCUGUGGAAGGAGCCCCUGCAUGACCGGCUGCAGCAGUU